CGAGAGUUGUGUUUCAUUCUAAGAGACACAAGAUGGAUACUUUUCCGUCUCUGUUUCUGUAUUCAUUGACAAUACAAAAUAGCAAUUAUGUGCAGAGCUCGUGCGUGGCAUCUUUAUCUGGAAAAAAGGUGCAAGAGAUUGUUAUAGCUACGGAAUCUCGGCUUUUGGUUUAUAAAGUGGAUCCAAAUGAUGGUCAAAUUAGCUGUAUUUUGAAUCAUAAUUGCUUUGGAAUCAUUAGAAAUGUCGCUCCCCUUCGUUUAACGGGCUUCAAACGCGAUUACUUGGUUGUAACUUCGGAUUCUGGACGGAUUACUAUUUUGCAGUAUGACCUUAGUGCUAAUAAACUGGUUCCUGUUUAUCAGGAAACAUUUGGAAAAUCGGGGAUUCGAAGAGUUGUUCCAGGAGAAUACUUGGCUGUUGAUGCCAAGGGUCGUGCAGCAAUGGUAGCUUCUGUUGAAAAAAAUAAAUUGGUUUAUGUGUUAAAUCGAGAUGCGGAAGCUGAUCUUACAAUAUCUUCUCCUCUUGAAGCUCACAAAGCAGGAAAUAUCUGCUUUAGUCUUGUGGGUUUGGAUACAGGGUAUGCGAACCCAAUAUUUGCAGCUAUAGAAGUUGACUACAGUGACAUGGAUCACGACCCCUCAGGUCAAGCUUAUGAGAAUGCAGAAAAGGUCUUGACGUAUUACGAACUAGACCUUGGACUUAACCAUGUCGUCAGGCGUUGGUCAAAGGUGGUUGAUCGUAGCUCUUAUAUGCUUCUUUCUGUGCCAGGAGGCAACGAUGGCCCAUCUGGUACUCUUGUAAUAUCCGAAGGAUGGAUUUCUUAUAGGCAUUUACAAAGAAGGUUUCAUCAGGUACCUAUAAUGCGUCGAAAAGGCAAUGAAUUGGAUGAGACAGUUACUCCGUGGACAGGAACAAAAUCCAAGAACAAAAGCCUACGAUAUCCUUUAAUUGUUUCCGCUGUAAUGCACAGAAUGAAGGGAUCGUUUUUCUACUUGCUUCAAACUCAUGAAGGUGAUUUAUUAAAACUUACCAUAGAGCAUGAUGGACAAGGCAAUGUAAGCGAGUUACGCCUGAAGUACUUUGAUACGAUACCUCUUUCCGUACAACUCAAUAUCUUAAAGACUGGUUUCUUAUUCAUUUCAUGUGAAGGUGGAAAUCAUCAAUUAUAUCAAUUUGAGAACCUUGGAUUGGAUGAUGGAGAGUUAGAGAUUUCUUCUCUGGAAUAUCCUGAUGAUUCUCUUAUCACCACUGGUAAGAAUGUAUUUUACCAAGUUCGUGGUUUACAGAAUUUGUCGUUAGUCGAUGAGGUUCCUUGUCUCUAUCCCGUAACAGAUUCAUCAGUAGUUAAGAGUCCUUCUUUAGAUGACCCAACUCAGAUAUACACAAUUUGCGGACGUGGUAAUGCUUCUUCUCUUCGUCGUUUAAAGCGUGGUUUGGAAACAACUGAAGUAGUUGCCUCAGAGAUCCCUGGUGCUCCUGUCGCUAUUUGGACUUUGAAGCUGUCCCGCAAUGAUAUGUAUGAUGCUUAUAUAAUUCUGUCAUUUACCAAUGGUACGUUAGUUUUAUCCAUCGGAGAAACCGUAGAAGAAGUGUCUGACAGUGGAUUGUUAUCCUCCGUUUCCACACUUAAUGUGCAUCAAAUGGGUCAAGAUUCCCUCCUUCAAGUUUAUCCUAAGGGUAUUCGACAUAUUCGUUCUAAUAAACAAGUAAGUGAAUGGAAACUGCCGGCUGAUUUAUUUAUCACCCAGUCGGCUAUUAAUGACACUCAAAUAGUAAUAGCUUUGAAUAAUGGUGAGCUUGUAUAUUUCGAAAUGAGUGAUGACAUUGAAGGUGGUCAGUUAAAUGAAUAUCAGGAAAGGAAAACGCUUACAGCGAAUGUCACUGCACUCGCUUUGGGACCUGUACCUGAAGGUUCGAAACGCAGUAAUUUUCUUUGUCUCGCUUGUGAUGACGCUACAGUACGAGUUCUAUCUCUAGAUCUUUACACGACCUUAGAAAGUUUGAGUGUUCAAGCAUUAAGCUCACCCGCUAGUUCAUUAUGCAUCAUUCCAAUGGUGGUUGGUGGGUAUUCUACUUUGUAUCUCCAUAUUGGUUUGAUGAAUGGUGUCUACCUUCGAACUGUCGUGGAUGUAACCUCUGGACAACUAUUAGAUACGCGUACUCGAUUUUUGGGUCCGAAGCCUGUUAAACUAUAUCCAGUUUCUAUAAAGGACCAAAAAACAGUACUCGCUGUUUCCACGAGAGCUUAUUUAGCUUAUUCUUUUCUACAAAAUCUGCAGCUUUCGCCCAUCUCUUAUUCGGCAAUUGAACAUAUUUCCUCGUUCGCUAGUGAGCAAUGCCCGCAAGGUAUUGUUGCUGUACAUCACAAUGUUUUGAAAAUUUUUACAAUUGACAGUCUGCAAGAUGAUUUGAAAUCAGAAAUAUAUCCGCUUAUGUGCACACCACGGAAAUUAGUGAAACACCCAGAACUUCCUAUUUUAUGUAUUUUGCAAAGUGAAAGGAAUUUCACUAGUUCCAAAAAUUAUCAGGACUUAGGAAGUCAUUCUUUGUCGUCUCGCGCGAAUAAGGACUUGAGUCCACUACAGGAAAUGGAAUGGUCAUCAUAUAUAUCUAUAUUUGAUUUAAGAUCUAAGCAAAUGAUUCACACUUGUAAACUGGGUGAUAAUGAAGCAGCUUUUUGUAUUGAAAUGGUGCAUUUCAAAUCGAAAGAUGAAUUAUUCAUAGUCACUGGCUCGGCAACGGAUGUUAAUCUGGAAACACGGGGUUGUUCACAUGGUAAUAUACGUGUGUAUCGACUUAAAGACGAGGGAAAUAGCCUUGAGUUAAUUAGUCAUACCGAAACAGACGACAUCCCCAUGUGCCUUCGCUCCUUUCAAGGAAGGAUGCUCGCUGGUGUAGGCAAAUACUUAAGAAUAUAUGAAUUGGGUAACAAGAAAGUUCUAAGGAAAUGUGAGACGGUUCCUGUUCCGCUUUUUAUAACCCGCUUAGACGUUCAAGGGAGCAGAAUUAUAGUUGGUGAUUCUCAGUGUUCUAUUAGAUAUGUAGUGUACAAGCAUGAUGAAAACCGCUUCGUCAUCUUUGCAGACGAUCCUGUUCAAAGGUGGUGCACGACGUCGACUAUGGUUGAUUAUGAUACGGUGGCAGGAGGUGACAAAUUUGGUAAUUUGUGGCUUUUAAGAUGUCCUGAGGAAGUGUCAAAGCUUUCUGAUGAAGAAAAUUCUGCAUCUAAGCUUCUGCACGAGAAAGCUUUUCUGAAUUCAACCCCUCACAAGUUGGAACUUUUGGCUCAUUUUUAUGCAAAUGAUAUACCUACAUCUAUGGAGAAGGUACAAUUGGUUGAAGGAGCAAGAGAAGUUUUGUUAUGGACUGGUCUUUUGGGAACGGUAGGUGUCUUCACCCCCUUUAUUAAUCAAGAAGACGUUAGAUUCUUUCAGCAAAUAGAAUUUUUUCUGCGAAAGGAAGUUCCAUUGCUAUCUGGUCGGGAUCAUUUAGCGUAUCGCAGCUACUAUGCACCUGUUAAAGGUGUAAUCGACGGAGAUUUAUGUGAAAUGUACUAUCAUCUUCCUCGCGAAAGGCAGGAAUUGAUUGCGAAUGAACUGGAUCGCACGGUCGCUGAGAUUUCAAAAAAAAUAGAAGAUUUUCGUGUACGUAGUUUUUAGGGAAUGGCUUAUGAAUGAAGAAAAAGAUUUUACGAUUUGAAUCAAAAAUUUUUGAUGCUAUGAACGAAUAAAGAUCUGAUAAUCAUCUCUCGUAUGCAGUUUUCGACACACCUAUCGUUAUUUAAGAAGAUAAGUUAUAUUUAUAAGCUUUAAAGUAAUAAUUUCCACGGUACUUCCGAUAUAGUUCACU